AUGGCGGCCGCGCUGUGGACGCUGGUGGCGCUGUCGGUGGCGGUAGCGUUUGCGACGGAAGGUCGCGUGGCGGCGGGGGCGACGGCGGCGGCGGAGGCGGCGAACAAGGUCCUCCGCGCGCACCAGCUUCCGGGGGGCCUGCUGCCGGCGGGGAUCACGGCGUUCCGUCACGACGCAGCCACGGGGCGGUUCGAGGCCCAGCUGGAGGCUCCCUGCACCGCGCGCUUCGAGGUCGGCCUGCGCUACAACACCACCGUCACCGGGGUCAUCAGCCCCGGGCAGAUCGCCGCCAUCUCGGGCGUCGCCGCGCAGGACCUCUUCAUGUGGUUCCCCGUCCACGACAUCAAGGUCGACAUCCCUUCCUCCGGCGUCAUCUACUUCAACGUCGGCGUCGUCAAGAAGCACCUCCCGCUCGCCGUCUUCGACGCGCCGCCGGCCUGCACGCCCGACCCGCUCCUCCUCCGCACCGUCCCGCAGAGUCCUGAUGAGUUCUUCUCCGGCGCCGCAGCGGCUGGAGGACGUGGGCGAGGACGGAUUGGCCACGGGCGCCGCGGCGGCGUCCCGGCGAUGAUGGGUGGAGAAGCAGGAGGGUUCGACGGCGCCGGCGAGCCAGGAUCACAAGCGCAGUUUUGA